AGACACACACACCUGUUGGACUCGCCACCACGCCACUACCUUUACCACUAACCCCCUAUUCCAGGGGUCGGCAACAAAAAUAACAAGAACCAUUUUUUUCUAAUUCCGGAAAGAAAAAAAGGUCAAUAUUUCGAGAGCUGGAAAAGCCCGUGAAUGACGUCACGGAGGGCUCCUUAGAGAGCCGCAUACUUCUUCGGAGCCGCAGUUUGUCGACCCCUGACGAUGCCGAACAGGUUUUUGUUGAAGGCCGUCUUCUGGGGCUAUAUUCGUGGGCUGCAGAAAACAGUGUGGCAAAAAACAUUCUUGUACGGACCCCUUUAAGUUGGUUCGCUGGAGAAGUGAAGCAUUGUGUAUUCCGGUGCCCAUUCAACAAUGAGGGUUUCAGCGAUAAUACGCAUGCUGCUGGCCGGGGCUAUAACGGUGCUGGUGCUGUAUUUAGGCCACCGGAUGAUAGGCAACAAGUUUCACAAGAAUCUGCGAUUCCUCAUCGAAGACACAAAUGGCGCUCCUUCUCGACGAUCAGACCCGAAGCUGGCCAGUUACAAAUGCGGGCUUGCCGAGGCGUGCCCGGAGAAACACUUCGCCUUCCGGUUGCUUUCCGGGGCAGCCAACAUCGUGGGACCCAAAAUCUGCCUGGAGGAUCAGAUAAUUAUGAGCAGCGUGAAAAACAACGUCGGGAGGGGGAUGAAUAUGGCUGUGGUCAAUGGAAUGACGGGUGAACUCACGACUACAAAGUCAGUGGACAUGUGGGGAGGGGAUGUCAAUGAUCUCAUCGUCUUCCUGAAGGGCAUACAGCAUGGGUCCAUCGUUAUGAUCGCGUCCUUUGAUGACGCGGCCAGCAAGAUGAACGACGAGGCUCGGAAUUUGCUGGCGGAGUUGGGUAGCAGCUUCAUCAGUGACUUGGGAUUCCGUGACAGCUGGGUGUUUGUGGGAGCCAAGGGCAUCAGGAUGAAGAGCCCAUUUGAAAGGCACAUCAAAAACAACAAGGAGACCAACAAAUACGAGGGCUGGCCCGAGCUGAUCGAACUCGAAGGAUGCGUCCCACAAAAAGUGGAAUGAUGGAGCCCACCUUUUGCCUCCCGCAAGUUUGAACGUCGUGCGAAACAUUUUGAUGCGCGCACGCGACGCGUACGUUUACUGUUUCAGGAAUGUUAUAAAUAUUUUUAAUUGAAGCUAUAUUUAAUUUAAUCGGAUAUACGCGCGGCGGAGAGUCUCGUUCGCCCAUCCGCCGUCUGGUCUCUCUCUGUACAAUCCGCGGGAACAGUUUAUGUGAAUCUUGUAACGAUAGCCGGCUGCUUGCACUCAUUAGCCGAACGAAGCACAAUUAAGUUUAAUUUCGGCGUUUGGCGCGCACGCGCGCGAGAGAGCUCGAGGUCCGUGCAAUUUUCAUAUCAUUUACUGCUCGCACACGGGGACUCUCAAGCGAAAAUCUACGCCGUUUUUUUUCCCUUUCCUCCCCCGGCAUGUUCACUGCUCGGGUUCCCUUUGGGUCCCGUUAUUAUUUACAAGCCCUCCAGCAGCGGCCUACUUGGAAACACUUUUGGGCUAAGCAUUGCCAAGACUGUACACUAGAUAUGCCACUUACACAUUUCUCGCGCGUCCAACGUGUACAUUUUCCGCAAUCAGCAUUUUCUGUUUUAAUUCCCGUACCCGAUUGAAUGUAUAAUGAACUUGUAGGUGAUUCGUGGAGAGGGAGAGGAGGGGUGGGGGUUCUGCUGGGUUUGAUAUUUAUGUUCGCCUUGUUAUGGUGUUGGAGUUACUUUUAUAAAAACUUUAUCGCGGAGAAGUGUCAACUGCAGUGACCUCCUCCGUGGCACCAAGUGCUGCUUCAGACCAUUUAGAUUUUUACGUGCGAAAACCACACCGAGCCUCUUUUGCAGAAGGGGGGCGGGGUCCUGUUUUUAAGUUGUUUGAUCAAUAAUUGGGAGGAAACCCGGAGUUGCCGAAGAACCCCGCGAACAGACGCGUGGGCAACGACGCUCAAAACUCUGCAACGAGUUUGUCGGCAAAACCUCCUUGCUGUACUCGCCCCCCUCCCGUAGGCACAAGCAUGGCCUUGCACCGUUGCUAUGUCAUUCACCGGUCGACCGGAGAACCCCCCCCCCCCCCCCCGCGCGGAGCCACUGGCUUACUGGCAUGCCCUGGCCAGACCGUUUUGGUUAGCGAUGGGCAUUGAUCGGGUGGGGUGGCGUGCGUAAUAGUCCCCCUAAUGUAGUUUGUGGUUCUGUGAUGUCAUGCCAGUGGCAAUGAGCAAUAACUUGAAGCUGGAUUGUACGUACGUUUAAAAAAAAUAAGUGAUUUGCAAUCAUCUUGCCGACCAGACUGCUGUGGAAUCGCUUGAAACUUAAAUCAAAAAUACUAAAUUGGACUCGUAUGGAUUUACUCUAAAUCAAAUAGUGCAAAAUAUAUUUUAAAAAAUGCGUGCGUGCAAUUGGAUUGGCUGUCGUGUGGUUAGCGGUGAACUGAAACGGCAGCCUAAAGCGUGGAUUAUUAUUUUUAGACACGUUAAUGAAGUCUAUAGAAAGUAAAAAGUUUGAAUAAUUAGGCUUUUGAAAUCCAGCAUUUGGUAGACCCUAAAACCAAAUUUUUCUCCAUUGGGUUGAAUUUUUUUCCCCUCUUGUAGAAUACCAUGACAUUUUGUAUGCAUCGGUUUUUUAGCCAAUGUUGGAAAUGUAAUACUUGACAUGUGGGUGGCAAUGCUACCUAAUGUAGAGUUAUCAUCAUUUGAACGCCUUUUGUAUACAUGCCUACCAUUAAAAGUGCAUAUUACUCCCACGAUAGGCGGUAAAACUCAUGUCACGGGUUGGCCUGAAGGCCAGCCAUGCAGAGCCUUUGCGUGCAAAAGUAUCCACGCAUCGUUGUCUUCACGAUUUCGUUGUGUUUGUGUUCCGGAUUCGGCAUCAUGCCGUGUUUUAUAUUACAGCGCAUUUUUUUUGCCGGUAUCAAUCCGCUGCAUGACGAGAGCCUCCUUGGCCCAUGCCUCGUUGGCCACGUGGGAUGUCUGGCCAUGCAUCACAACGCUGGUCAGCGUGGAUUUGUUGGGUUAGGGGAGGAGGUUGCAGAACUACAAUGGGUUUGGCUGCACUGCCUUCCCGUCUACUGCACACAAUGUCUGCGUGUUCCUCACUCAUUUUCAGAGGGGGGGGGCGGCCCCUUUCGCCGAUAAGACAUUGGCUUGAGGGCCGCCACAUCGCCUGAAAAAAGGGAUGUUUUUACGUUUUUUGUAUUGCUGGGGAUUGCCAGUGCCCCCCCGUGGGCCUUGCAAUGAAUAAUUCUGGUCUAUUACAUCUGUCUCCUCUUGCCCAUGGUGUUGGCAACUCUUAUGCAUGGCGGCCACCAAUCCGAGCACUGACCAGACUCGCACCAGCUUUGCUUCUCAAUUCGGGCGCACUGCGGGUGUUUUGGUCAAAGGCGCGCUUCUACACAAUUGACGCAUCUGCAAGAGAUGGGCUUUUAAUAAUUAAUUAGCCUGAAAAUAUCCUCAACUGCCUAACCAAUUUUGGUAAAUUCGCCGCCAAUAUUCAUUACCUUUAAUGCCAGGAGAGAAGAUUUCUACUCGGAUCAAAACCGACACAUGGCCUCUAAAUCGGUUUUAAUUUUCAUUGUAAAACACGAGAGCGAGACUUUAAUUGGUUCUUUCUCCACAAUGUCGUCCCGAUUUUGUGCUAUCGGCGUCGUGCUACUAUGGGAUGUAAGCGUCCAUUCGGAACCUCUGGCGGCACAGUGCAAUGGAGAACGGCCCACGGGGAAAGUGGAUGUCGCAGAGCUAACGCUGAGAUGCUUUUUCAAGAAACCGCGGCGGGGAAAUUGGCGGGACCACCGACAAAAAUAUUAAUUUACGGGGCACAAUCGGCUCUUUCAAAGAACGUGGCUGCGAUGUUCCUUGUGGACUGGCGCGCUCGGUCUCUAUCUCUGCGUGAGCUGCCGGUAUAGUGCCAUCGCUCACGGCGUGUUGCGCAUGGGCAGUGCACGGAUGAACAAUAGCUGGGUCAUGCCACGAUGCAUCAAUCAGAAUCCAUUCUUACCAUAAUCAUUUUAUACGGACGUGAUGCAGAUGUCAAGCAGCACACACGCGAGACGAGACGAAAUGUACGAGACUCGCAAUGUAAAUGUGACAUGGGACAGGACGUGGGAUAAAGAUGUACGAUCCAAAUGAGACGGUGCAAAUCCGCCAUACAAUUCCCACAAUAAUAUGAAGUAUGGGACCGAUAACACAACGAGAUGGAGCGUACAAGAUCUUGCAAUAAAUUACCAACUACACGUGAAUUCCAAAACGAGACGAUGCAAACAAGAUGGUCCAAACUAAACAAAAUCUAACGCAUUCUUGCAACCCCCUAAAUGACGACAAAUUAUCUAAUUGCUCGGUGGUUCGGUGUGUGGAUGGGUAUGUGUGUGUUGGGGUGGUUGGGUGGGUGUAUAUAGGUGGGGAGCAAUUGUGCAGUAGUUGACGCAUUGCGCUACAAACCUGGCCACCCGAGUUUGAUUCCCGGUCGUGGCAAACAACAGUGCCGAUUAUCUGAACCGGUCCUGGGCCUCCCCUAGGUCGACUCGGCCUCAAAUGAGUACCUGGUGCGGUGUGUAAACAUCGCUACUCGGGGAGACGGCGGCCGGGCGUGGUGCUGACCACCCACCCUCUUGUGUCCUGUGCCAGCCUUCGUAGAUGCUUGCUAACAGCACUUGCCCCAACAGUCUGUUAAGGCUAAACGGGGGGGGGUGAUCUUUAUUUUGGUGGCAAGGUGCAGUUUGAAUUGUUACACGCCCAUAAUCAAGGUUUUUGGUUCAGAUCGCGUUAUUUAUAAAUGUGUCGUAACCCUCC